AUGAGCGACCUUCUCAAGUAUAUUCUCACCCAAGACUCUUUCAGAAAAAACCGCCUUCCCUCGCUCUACUCCGACUUCUCGACUCAGAAGAAAACAAAUCCCGACGGGUACCACGUGAAUGCCACGGCAUGGGAACAAGCCUUGGUGAAGGCCGCGCGGAAUGGAUACAUUGCAUCAUCGAGUGGUAGUAGCCCUGGUUCGGAAGCGGCGCAGAAGCGCAAGUCGAAUCAUUUGGUGCUGAGGGUUGAUGAUGGCUUGGUGCGCGAUCUGGAGAGUCCGCAGUUAGGGAGGCCCGUUGCGCUGGGGAGUGUUUUUGAGGAUGCUGUCUGGAAUCGCGUCAUGGUUCCUCUUCAGUUGUUCAAGGCUAGCGGGACAAGUUUGCGGAAGCCACAAUGGGGUCUUAUAGAUACAACGGCGCUGAGUCCCUGGAAUGUCAUGGUCUGGGGCCUGAAGCAAAUACGCGGCAUUGUGGUUGGAGCUGUGUCAGACGGCGGGAAGCUACAGGCGCAGGAAUUGGUGUUGGUGGAGAAUCUUCAGGAGGCUGCGGAUAAGGUGGUGAGGCGAGUUAUGGGUUCGAAUCCGUCGAGGACGGACUUGAUUUAUACGAAAGAGGGCUUUGUGGAGAGCUUCGCGACGAUUCUAGAUGAGGAAAGUGAGCUGUCUAAUGCUGAUUUUGAUGUUCUAUUGCUAUAUCUAUCCCGUGAUAAGGGAGCCAUUGCGUAUGAUGGCAAGACGAUCAGAUUCCGUCCCACAAAUGACUCCCCAAAGGAGAUUACCCAGCAAGACACGACGAUUGCCUCCAUUCGGUCUCUGACAACGACAAUGUCGAAACAGGUUGAGGGUCUGGAGAAAAAGAUUGCCGAGCUUAACACAACAGCGAAGGCCGCCUUAAACAAUAAGAAUCGUGUUUCAGCUCUCGCUGCAGUGCGGUCUAAGAAGCUCGCGGAGCAUAAUCUGCAGCAGCGACUUGAUACUCUGGCACAGCUGGAACAGGUUUAUCUCAAGAUCGAACAAGCGCAAGACCAGGUUGAGUAUGUCAAGGUCAUGCAAGCGAGUACCGGCGUCCUUCGAGGUCUCAAUGCCCAGGUCGGAGAUGUGUCCAAGGUCGAGGAUGUGGUUGAGGAGCUGCACGAGGAGAUGUCCAAAGUGGAUGAGAUCGGUAACAUCAUGGGAGAAGCUGGUCCUCAGAUCGAUGACACUGAAAUCGAUGAUGAGCUUCAGGAGUUGGAGUCGUUGGAACGUGCAGCGAAGGAAGAGGAGGAGGCAGAGAAGACCCGCAAGCAGCUCGCCGAACUCGACAACCUCGGUUUGGAGACCAAAGGAGCUAUACGAAAAGCACCGCUUGACCAGAACGUCGGCUCCGCUUUGGAAGAAAGUAUCGAGAAACUUUCGCGGAUGUCAGUAGAGGAAAAUGCUUGA